UGGUGCGUCCCAAGCGGCCCAGUGAUUCAUUUUGUGCGGCACACGGGACUUUUUUGUAGAAAAUGGCCAAAGUGGACAUGCUGCGUCUGCUCAUCAACCAGCGCAUGGCCGAGGUGGCGGAGGAGAUCCUGGCCGUGUUCGGCAGCACCAUCGCCGAGUUGGAGCGGGAGCUGUGCUGCUCCAGGCGGGAGAUCCAGCGGCAGCGGCGGCUUCUGCAAGUCUCCUUCAGCGCAGCGCCCAGCGAGCCACAUGAUUGGACGGCCGGUCUGAACCUGGAAGUUCAUGUCCCGCCGACCGUCAAAGAGGAGGAGCCCCAGCAGGAAGACACUCCUCCGGGUUCCGAGCCCGAAGUCGCCGUGUUCCUGAGUGGCGACUUAGAGGAGUGGCCUGACGACGUCUGCGGUGCGUCGCCGCUCUCCGACCGCCACAACGCGGAGGACUCCGACUCAGACCCCCAGCCGGGGACAUCGAUGCAGGCCGCCCGCGCACGUGCCGGUCCACGCGGGCGGCGAAAACCUCGGUCCAAGGCCGUGCGGGACCACAGCAUGAAGGACAAAGCUGACAAGUCGUACACGUGCGGCAUCUGCGGCAAGAGACUGACCCGCUUCGACGGCUACCAGAAACACCUGCGCGUGCACACGGGGGAAAAACCGUACGGCUGUGAUGAUUGCGGGCGGCGCUUCAGCGACAACUCCAACUACAAGCGACACAUUCGGAGACACAAAAGUCAGACGCCUCAAGACGGCGUCCUCACACACCUGCGCUACAACAAGUGACCACUAGAUGGGGCUGGGUCCUCAUCGUGCUACCUCAGUGACCGCCCACCUCAGACCGCACCCGGUCCGGACGCCAGGAACCCCAAAUCUGCCUCCGCACCAAAAUAUUCAGAUGCGUGCAACCUUCCCGCAAUUUGGGGUGGAACCCCGCCUCACGUCACGCCCCCCACUUGACCUAAUAAGUUAACGUCGCUCAGGAACCGCUAACGGAAACUGUCGGAAUCAUGGUGUGCUGGGACUGCACGAUUCAGAGACAAGACCUAACUACCACUUUUCUCUCCAGCAUUGCGAUUCCAUUUGGGGUUUUUGUAUAUUUUUUACAUAGAAGUCAAGUAGUCGCCAUCCAGUGGACAACAUGAGUAACUCAGUUUGUUUACUUGAAAAUAUGUGCACAGCAUUAACUUUUAUGACCCAAUCUAAACAACCUUCCCUAGUCAUGGCGCAGGGAAGAAAAUGAACUAAUCUGGUCACACAACCUGCCCACUGAACUUUGUGUAUUAUUGAGAGAAAAAAACAUAACAUGAGUAACUCAGUUUAAAGUGUGUUUACUUGAAAAUGUGUGCACAGCAUUAACUUAUAUGACCCAAUCCAAACAACAUUCCUUAGUCAUGGUGCAGGAAAGAAAAAUCAAUUAAUCUGGUCACACAACCUGCCCACUGAACUUUGUGGAUUAUAAAAAUGUGACAACAUGAGUAACUUAGUUUGAAGUAUGUUUUCUUGAAAAUGUGUGCACAGCAUUUACCUAUAUGACCCAAUCCAAACACCCUUCCCUAGUCAUGGCGCAGGAAAGAAAAAUCAACUAAUCUGGUCACACAAAACACAACCUGCCCACUGAACUUUGUGUAUUAUUGAGAGAAAAAACAUAACAUGAGUAACUCAGUUUAAAGUGUGUUUACUUGAAAAUGUGUGCACAGCAUUAACUUAUAUGACCCAAUCCAAACAACCUUCCUUAGUCAUGGUGCAGGAAAGAAAAAUCAACUAAUCUGGUCACACAAAACACAACCUGCCCACUGAACUUUGUGUAUUAUUGAGAGAAAAAACAUAACAUGAGUAACUCAGUUUAAAGUGUGUUUACUUGAAAAUGUGUGCACAGCAUUUACUUGUAUGACCCAAUCCAAACAACCUUCCCUAGUCAUGGCGCGGGGGGAAAAAUCUACUAAUCUGGUCAUACAACCUGCCCACUGAAUUUUGUGGAAUAUAAAAAAACAUAACAUGAGUAACUCAGUUUGAAGUAUGUUUUCUUGAAAAUGUGUGCACAGCAUUUACCCAUAUGACCCAAUCCAAACAACCUUCCCUAGUCAUGGCGCAGGGAAGAAAAUGAACUAAUCUGGUCACACAAAACACAACCUGCCCACUGAACUUUGUGUAUUAUUGAGAGAAAAAAACAUAACAUGAGUAACUCAGUUUAAAGUGUGUUUACUUGAAAAUGUGUGCACAGCAUUAACUUAUAUGACCCAAUCCAAACAACCUUCCUUAGUCAUGGUGCAGGAAAGAAAAAUCAAUUAAUCUGGUCACACAACCUGCCCACUGAACUUUGUGGAUUAUAAAAAACGUGACACCAUGAGUAACUUAGUUUGAAGUAUGUUUUCUUGAAAAUGUGUGCACAGCAUUUACCUGUAUGACCCAAUCCAAACAACCUACCCUAGUCAUGGUGCAGGAAAGAAAAAUCAAUUAAUCUGGUCACACAACCUGCCCACUGAACUUUGUGGAUUAUAAAAAACGUGACACCAUGAGUAACUUAGUUUGAAGUAUGUUUACUUGAAAAUAUGUGCACAGCAUUAACUUAUAUGACCCAAUCUAAACAACCUUCCCUAGUCAUGGCGCAGGGAAGAAAAUGAACUAAUCUGGUCACACAAAACACAACCUGCCCACUGAACUUUGUGUAUUAUUGAGAGAAAAAACAUAACAUGAGUAACUCAGUUUAAAGUGUGUUUACUUGAAAAUGUGUGCACAGCAUUAACUUAUACGACCCAAUCCAAACAACCUUCCUUAGUCAUGGUGCAGGAAAGAAAAAUCAAUUAAUCUGGUCACACAACCUGCCCACUGAACUUUGUGUAUUAUUGAGAGAAAAAACAUAACAUGAGUAACUCAGUUUAAAGUGUGUUUACUUGAAAAUGUGUGCACAGCAUUAACUUAUAUGACCCAAUCCAAACAACCUUCCUUAGUCAUGGUGCAGGAAAGAAAAAUCAAUUAAUCUGGUCACACAAAACACAACCUGCCCACUGAACUUUGUGGAUUAUUGAGAGAAAAAACAUAACAUGAGUAACUCAGUUUAAAGUGUGUUUACUUGAAAAUAUGUGCACAGCAUUAACUUAUAUGACCCAAUCUAAACAACCUUCCCGAGUCAUGGCGCAGGGAAGAAAAUGAACUAAUCUGGUCACACAAAACACAACCUGCCCACUGAACUUUGUGUAUUAUUGAGAGAGAAAAACAUAACAUGAGUAACUCAGUUUAAAGUGUGUUUACUUGAAAAUGUGUGCACAGCAUUAACUUAUACGACCCAAUCCAAACAACCUUCCUUAGUCAUGGUGCAGGAAAGAAAUAUCAAUUAAUCUGGUCACACAACCUGCCCACUGAACUUUGUGGAUUAUUGAGAGAAAAAACAUAACAUGAGUAACUCAGUUUAAAGUGUGUUUACUUGAAAAUAUGUGCACAGCAUUAACUUUUAUGACCCAAUCUAGAAAACCUUCCCUAGUCAUGGCGCAGGGAAGAAAAUGAACUAAUCUGGUCACACAAAACACAACCUGCCCACUGAACUUUGUGUAUUAUUGAGAGAAAAAACAUAACGUGAGUAACUCAGUUUAAAGUGUGUUUACUUGAAAAUGUGUGCACAGCAUUAACUUAUAUGACCCAAUCCAAACAACCUUCCCUAGUCAUGGCGCAGGGAAGAAAAUGAA